UUGGCUGCUGCUGCCGCUGUAGCUCAACUCGCACACCCACGCCGCCAAUGUUAAAGCGGCAGGCGUUGGGGCGAGCAACGCUCAGUUUGGCGAACGUCUCAGCUGGUCGGCAGGAGGAGCUGCUGCUGCUGCCGCUGCUGCUGCUGCUACUGCUGCCCGUGGCGGUGGUGUUGGUGACUGCCUGCGCUGGUUUGGUAGUAAGCCGCAGCACUUGUUGAUGUGCGUGGUUCUUCGUCGUGGCAUCGAAGACGACCUAGGAAGAAGAAGAGGAGGAGGAAGCGUGGCGUGGCGUGGUGGUCACAGAAGCACUUUUCGUUGUAUCGCGUGAACGACCAGCGGCGCGUUGCAGCAGCCGCACAGCAAGUUAAAGAGUCCGGGACAAGCUCCAUCCAGCAAGUGCGCGGAUUCUCGAUUUUCGCUGCUGGUGGCGGUGGCGUUGGGAGGCAGUCGCUCACGCCUGGCCGAGUAGUUUGUGCAUUGCAGCGACGAACCUCGUAGCGAACUCGCUGGGUUGGUGGCCUUGGUAGUUUUGUGCCACCGAAGGAUCGGUGGUGAGUGGCGAGCGGGAGGGUUUGAUUCUAGCCUCCAACUUUCGUCACGAGAUUCGUCGAGCGCGCGGGCUUGGAGAGGCGGGCGGGGGGGUGUUUGGACUGAGUUGGAGUAGCGAGGAAGGAGGUGGUGGUGGUGUUAGUGGGUGCCGAGGCUCCUCGUGUCCACCCUCGGUGUGAGUCGGGGCUGUGAAACGGCGCAGUGAAAGAUUGAGUCAUCAGCAGCGGCGGCUCUUUUGGUUUGGUGGAGUGUUUCGAAUUUUUUAUUUUAGUUUCACCGCCACCACACAAAAAAAGCAAAGCUGCAGACACCAGAGAGAGAGAGAGAGACGGGAGAGUCUCACUUUUCUCGGCCAGUUCGAGUGGAAGCGACCACGAAAGCCAGUGCAACAACAACGACAACAACAACGACAACAACGAGUGAACGGCUCUGGACUCGUCCCCGGCAACGUCAAGGCUCAAUCCGAGGACUCGGGUCGGGAACGCUCGACUCGUGCUGGUCUGGAAUCAACGCGCGAUAAGCCGCCGAUUUAAAUCUUCUGGACUCGCCUGACCCCAAAGGUUCAGCUUGAAUCAUCACCAUCACCACCAUCACCAUCAUCACCAUCACCACCAUCAUCACCAUCACCAUCGUUCAUCCUCGCGCGUUCUUAUUCGAAAGCGCUCCGAUUGAACACCUCGCUCCGGCUUUUUUAAAUUUCUGAUCCGGGACGAUAAGAAGAUAAGACGUGGCUGGCGGAGACACCAUGAGACACAAGUCCCAGGGAGGAGGAGGAGGAGGAGGUCUGUAAGGUUUCCGGAGAGAGAAUCCUAAGAGGAGUCGAACGGAGGAGGAGUUCGCGACACCGCGAGACGGGAGAGAGAGCGCGAGAGCGGUGGCCACGUCUCGCCAUGGAUCUGCGCACCCAGCUGCUGAUCGCGCUCUGUCACGUGUGCUUCAUCGGCGCCAAGGAGCCAGAGAUGCCGCAGGCCGUGCUGGACGUCCUGUCGCGGGCUGAAAUCCACAGCAUCAGCGACCUGCCGUUCCUGUUGCCGUUUGACUCCGUAGAGUACUACUCGUCGGAGAGCAUCCUGCGACCGAGGAGCGUAUCGCACACACGGAGCAGGGACAGCCCAGAGGAGGCCCAGAUCGCGGCGUGCAAGCCGCGCAACGCGAGUGUGGAGAUCCCGCGAGCGCUGCUGGACACCUCCUCCGCCAACUUCAUGCUGUGGCCGGGCUGCGUGGAGCUCCCGCGCUGUUCGGGCUGCUGCAACACGGCGGCGCGGCGCUGCACGCCGUCGCGCAUCCACACGCGCCAGCUCAAGGUGGCCAAGAUCGAGUACACGCGCAAGAGGCUGCGCAUGAAGGAGGUGCUCGUGAAGAUGGAGGAGCACCUGGAGUGCCGCUGCGAGUGCGUGCCCGAGACGGCGUGCGGAGACCUGGAGGUCUACGACAGGGACGCGUGCAAGUGCGUGCCAGCGCGCCGCAAGAAGAGGAGGCGCCAGCUGUGUCAAGACCACAUGGGCCCCAAGGGUGAGUGUGUGGCACCGCGACAGGUGCCAAGCCAGCCGUGGCACGCAGCACACCGCUCGGACACAACCGCAGAACACUGCUGCGGACAGAGCCGCAAAAAGCAGAGCCACAGAACACCACUCGGACAGAGCCGGAGCACACUGCUGCGGACAAAGCCGGAGAAGGCAAAACCACAGAACAUCACGUGGAAAAAACCGCAGAACAUCACGUGGACAAAAGCACAGAACAUCACGUGGACAGAACCACAGAAGUCAGAACCACAGAACACCACACGGACAGAGGCGGAGAACAGCACACGGACAGAGGCGAAGAACAGCACACGGACAGAGGCGAAGAACAGCACACGGACAGAGGCGAAGAACAGCACACGGACAGAGGCGGAGAACAGCACACGGACAGAACCACAGAACUCCACACGGACAGAACCACAGAACACCACACGGACAGAACCACAGAACACCACACGGACAGAGGCGGAGAACAGCACACGGACAGAUCAACAGAACAGCACACGGAUAGAACCACAGAACACCACACGGACAGAACCACAGAACACCACACGGACAGAGCCACAGAACACCACACGGACAGAACCACAGAACAGCACACGGACAGAGCCACAGAACAGCACACGGACAGAACCACAAAACAGCACAGGGACAGAACCACAGAACAGCACACGGACAGAGCCACAGAACACCACACGGACAGAGCCACAGAACACCACACGGACAGAACCACAGAACAGCACACGGACAGAGCCACAGAACAGCACACGGACAGAACCACAGAACAGCACACGGACAGAACCACAGAACACCACACGGACAGAACCGCAGAACACCACACGGACAGAACCGCAGCACACGGCUGCGGACAGAGCAAAUGCCUUGGAGGAUUCCCCGUCGGGCAUGGCACAUGAGCCGCUCUCAAAGCGCGCGGUGUGAACGUCUCUCGCGCCCCCUGCCGGGCCGUAGCGGAGUCGGCGUGGCGCGGAGAGAAAUUCGGUGUUUGAAGUUUUCGUUACCGCAAGGAUUCAUGCUCUUUGGUUUUUUCGGUAAA